UGAUACAUGCAAGUGCAUUCGCACUUUGUCCCCAUCACACCUGCGGAGAGCACGCGUGGAGGAUGCUUGCGCACUGACACUCAUCAAUCUUCUCCAGCCUUUCCUUUUGUUCUCCAGCGAUGCUUCCCGAGGACGAUAGCGAUCUCAAGUCCCGCCGCGUGUCGCUGCCGGUGUACCCGCCGUCACCGCCGAGCCGCCGGCACUUCCCGCUGCACUUGGGCGUGAAGCGGCGGCGUUCGGGCCCCGCGCCAGAGCGCCGCGUCAACUGCGUCUUGGUAGGAGACGGAGCGGUGGGCAAGAGCAGCCUGGUCAUCAGCUACACCACUAAUGGCUAUCCUGUCAGAUACGUGCCCACUGCCUUCGACAACUUCACAGUCAUGGUCGUGGUGGACGGGACACCGGUCAGAUUGCAGCUUUGUGACACGGCAGGACAGAAAUGGGGUAUUGGUGAUGGAUCCAUCAAUGAUGAGUUGGAGCGCCUCCGACCGCUCUGCUACCGAAACGCAGACGUCUUCCUGCUGUGCUACAGUGUGGUCCGACCAGAUUCGUUCCGCAACCUGACCCAGCGUUGGUUGCCCGAGAUCCGCCGGCAUUGUCCCGGGGCUCCGCUCGUCUUAGUGGGAACUCAGCUGGACCUACGUGAGGACGUCCAGGUGUUGAUUCACCUGGCUCAGAACCAUGAGCGCCCGGUGGGCCAGGAGGAUGGCCGACAGCUCGCACAGCAACUUGGUGCUACCGGCUUUGCUGAGUGCUCCGCGCUAACGCAGAAGAACCUCAAGGAGGCCUUUGAUUCGGCCAUCUUGGCGAGCAUCCAACAGAUGGAAGAUGGCAGUGGCAAUGUUAACGUUGGUGGCGUACUGCCACAGGGACUAACCAACAAGAGGAAUACUCCUGACAAGAUCAAGAAGCUCUCAGAGGCCUGGUGGAGCAAGAUCCGAUGCCUGGUGGGGGAACAGAACUGUGAUCAGCUAACUGCAUGAUCAAUCAAAGACGAAUUGAGGAUAUGAACUGUAAGAAAAGUCCUAAAUGUCAAGACAAUGUCCUUGAUGUGGUGAACACCACUCUGAUCAGAUGCCCAGGAAGGUAAAUACAAACAAGAUGAUGCUCUUAAUUUAUUAGCAUACUGUCUCUGAAUAGAAUUUUAAAAUGACAAAUACAUUUUUAAGGCAUUGCCACAUAGAAUUGGACUGAGAAUGAGACUAGUUUUCUCAGAGACUUUGGAGAAAAGGUCUACAAGAAACAAGUUCUGAAUCUAAAAACAAUUACCACAGAGAGCAAAACUAUAGAAAGAUGAAACAAAGCUGUGACCUUGGAUCUUAGAUUAACACCCUUGGCAAGUUUUCAUGGUGUUUGAUAAGUGUGCAGGGUUUCUGAUGCUGAAAAAUAAUUAAGCACCAAUCUGAAAAUAUCUGGCUUGUUUGUAAGGCUGAGGCACCACUACACGAUGUAAACAAAAACAUGUAAAUAAAAGACAUUUACUGUGUCUUUUCCACAGGUGAUUUUUUUUCAUUCUCCUGAUUGGCUUCUUGUUCACAUGCCAAUGGUUCUACAUGCGUUUUGAGGAUCAUUGACUAAACACAUAUUCACCUAUCGCUGGUAGAUGCACAAGGCUGACUUGUUGAAGAGGUUCCGAACAUCAGUGGGCGACCGGCUAAACAUCAUCUGGGGGAUGAGCUCAAGAUUGUCAAAGUCUAAUUGAAGCAGACGGGACCACCUGUGCGGGAUUACACCACCAUAUGGCGCUUGAUCGCUCUUCUGUCCUGGCUUUAUCUUCCACUCACUUCUGUGGGAACGCAAGUCAGCAUGUCAGAGUGUCACCAACGUAGCGUGUGGUCCACUUUGUAGCCACAGAUCUUGUUAAGGAAUGAUGGCGGGAACAGUUUGGUAGCUUUGAGACUUUGAGCUGCCAUAAGAGCUUAAAAAAACAAGCCACAUGGAGGGGAGACUGUCUUACUCUGGGCCUCCAUUAUGACUUAGAUACCUAAACUGGACCUCCAUUCUAUUAAAGUGUAUCUCCAUAUGACACUGGGACACCCCCUAGACUUGUUAUCAACUUGCAGUUUCUUAAUAAUAUGCAACUGCCUGGAUCUAAUUUGAAUAUUCAAUAUUUAAAAUUCAACCCUUUGCACCUAGUCACACUGCUGGUGGGAAUCUUGCAGGCGUUGGCAACGCAUGUGGUGACUUUAACACAUCACCGAGACGCGGAUUUCAAUAGUUCUUCAAUGACACCAUUCUUCGCUAUUUUCAUAAUUAUAAAAAUAAUUAAAACAUUCUCUUCCUUGGCACUCUCGCUUGCGAUAUGAUCGCAGGGAGGCAUAUUUUAGUCAAGAGGCUUUCUCUAGGACUUCCUGGUUCCAAAAUGCAUAGAUAUUUAGAUCUACCCAAAUAAAACACUAACACACUCAGGCUGAAUCAAGGCUAGAGGUCAUCGUCAUCUUGCAGCCGUCCAAGGAAGUACAAAACACACAAACAAAUAAAUAUGAAAAAAGACUAUGCAAGGAGUCUAACUUUUGCCGGCAUCCAGCUACAACCUGAAAAAAUUGCCUCUUUGCGGGAAAGACGGCGAUAAGCUUUUAGUGGUGUCACAGGUAAAAAAAGACAGGAACUGGUCAUGCGACAAAAGUACUGCACUGAACCAUAGCAGUUGCAGAUGUAUAGAUCUUUAUUUAUAUACUGUGCUAUAUACAGUGGGAAAAACAAAAAAAGUUAUCCAAGAAUUUAAGAUGACGCUCACUGUUAGCAUUAGCCUAAUGCUUACGCGAACGUGAAUGCUAAGCUAACGCUAUGAAUAACAUUUUAGUGUGAUCACUCGGCACAGACCUUUUGUCAUCCCUUGAUUUGAGCUUUGUUAAGACUUUGCCCUAGUGUUCCUUGUCCAUGUGAUUACCCAUUGAUUUCAUCGGUUGUGGCCUGCGCCUUGUGUCUUGACCAAUCCGCUGCCUCCUGUAUCAACCACCUGUGUCUCAUUGUGUCGUUGCCCCACGUCUGUAUUUAAGUUCCCGAUGUGCUGUCUGUUCUUGUGCAGUCAUUGUCUUUCCGAUCGGUGUUAUCAGUGUCCAAGCCCUCAUGUUGAUUCUUCCCAAAGUAGGAUUUUGAUUGCUGUUUUUUUGUCUGGUCCCUGCUGCUUUUGUUUGCACAAUGAUUUUCAGUCUUUGAUUAGUAUUUUUACAAGUCCCCCCACACCCUGCCUUGCCUUUGCGUUUUUGCCUUGUCUUUUGUUUCUCUUCGUUUGUGUCUUCCAUUCCCCUGCCACAUCGUGACACCUUUCAAGGCUAAAGCAACAUUGCAUAUUCUCUUUGGCCAAGAUAAGAAAACAAGUUCUACCGUGUGUGCAAGCCUUGAGACUGGAGGACACUACACUGGUGAGUUUUGGGAGGGUGGGGUGCAGCACGUCACAACAGUGACGCAAGCAGAAACUUCUACGAUGCAGGCAAACUACAGAUAAAAUGUCACACAUUGUGAUCGUGUGACGGAAACCAUUGCGCAUUUCAUCACGUUCUCGUCAGACGAAAACUGGCAUUAGGCUGGUUAUGUUUUAGUCUUCCAAAACAUGUUCUUAGCUCAUUAUCGUCUCAUCAUCAUCAUGAAAAACAGUGUUAAUUGAUUAAAUAUUUUUGUUAUCGUCAUUGUUGACCAAAACAACACUGGUUGGUGCAUUUGAUAUGAAAUGGUUCUGUUAGUGAGUGCCACCACACAUGAAAUGUGUCUACAUUAAUGCAUUUCGGCAGGGCCGGCCCGGGCCAUUUGGGGGCCCCUAAGCAAAAUAAUGCCAAGGAGCCCAUAUUUUUGUUAAAAUGUAUUAAAGUUGUAACCUUAUGUGCAUCUUUCUUGAUUCUUGAUCUCAUAACUAUGUACAUAACAUUGCCAAGCCUUACCUUGAAUUGUAUAUUUGGGGAAAUCAUCAUCUUGUGACAAGGACGGCACUCCACCUUCAAUUCCAAGAUACUUCUCAAUAGCUCCUUUGAAUCAUCCAAAGUACAAAAUAUGAUUACAUGGAACAAAAUUCAGCCCAGGAAAAUAUUCGUCAACAAAAACGUGUACUGUGGGGAGUGCGCAACUAAUUAAGUAGAUUCACUGUAGGCUGAUACAUGGCAUACUACUUGAUAAUAAUGUCCGAUAUAAA